AUGCUCUCACAGGCUCUCCUGUCCGCCGUCGAGCGCGACUUGGCCAUUGCGCGUCAGCUGGCGCACUUUCAUGUUGACCUGUGCGCUAGUGAAGGGGAUUCAGACGAAAGUGGGGACUUCAUGGGGCCGCUCCGCCACUACCCACCGUUGUCGGGCGACUUGCACAGCAGUCAGGGAACGCUUACCCGUGGUGUGCAUGCCUACGCAGUCCUUUCAAACCCGGUGCAGCGACCGCGUCAAGGCACCUGUGCGGUGCUGAUGGAGCUAUCUCGGCCCCUGGAGUGGCUCUCGCAGCGCGCCCGCCAUCGCGGCCCAGGCGCAGGCGUCGGCGCAGCGGCUCGUACUGGCACCACAGCCAUGACGUCGCCUGAUACGAGCAGUCACGUCAAUCAUGCGAGUGCAGAAGGGCGUCUCGGCGUGGGUGGAGUUAGCGGCCAGAGCGGUCCUACCGCACACAGUAGUCGCGGCAAACUGACGAGUGGCCCCGGUGCCUUCUCGGGCGCCCACGUGGCCAACUCCGCGGCCCCCAGCAACGCCGGUAUGGGCGCCACCUCGCCCUCGGACGCUGCAGGUGUGCCGCUCCUCAUCGCCACCGCGGCUCUCGAAGUUGUCUUCCCGGCUCGCUAUCCAAGCGAGCCAUGUCAGUGGCAGUUGUUCGAGGAAGUCUCGUUCGGCGGUGUCGGCGACCACUCGACCUCCUCCUGGGCCGUCACGGCGGGUCAUCACCGCGGCAACACAACCGGCGGAAGCAGCAGUGGCAGGUCCCAGCCUCAUCAUCUGCACGGAAGCAUAUCCAGUAGCCGCACCAACUUCUCCGCGUGGUAUGCCCGCAGCGGGGCGGAGGACAGAGCGGACGGCACCGCAUCGAGGGUGACCGACACGGCAACGCCAACGCUCACCGCGUUCGUCGUGUCGGAUGUGGGGCGCCGUCUCUUACGAUGGAUUUCCGAGGCGCGCACCGGAACGGGCGAUUCGUUCAUCCCGUCCUCCCCUUCGCUGGUGACGAUGAUGGCGAGCAAUGCGACGGCGAAUGUGUGGGGCGGCCAGGAGCACCAGUACGGCGGCGGCAUCAACAAGACAUAUCCUUUUCUGCUUGACUUUGCAAUGCUGCUGCGCUACUGGAGUGCCGUGGAGCUCGACGUGCACCACCUUAUCCUCCCCUCUCGGAUUGCGAUGGCCUACGGCGGUGGCGGCGCCCGCGUGCCGCAAGUCAUGACGAGUAUGCACCUGAGUGGCGGCGGUGGCGCUGCUGUCGCGGCGGCGGCAGCGACCGCCGUUGGUGCCACAGCCUCUGUGGCUGGUGGUUCUCUGUCGGGGUCGGCCGCAGCCGCUGCGGCAGCGUCGAACAAGAUGGUGGGCGCCAACGUGGCAGCGAGCAGCUCUUCCGCGCAAUCAAUGGCAGCAUCGACUAGCGCGUCUACCGCUGCUGGGAGCGGUGCUCUGUAUGGUGGAACGACAUCCUCGACUGCGUCAGUCCCCGCGCCGGCGCCAGGGGCGGCGGCUGCGACUGGUGGUGGUGUGAGCAGCGGUGUUGUGGCAAGUGGUGCAGGCGCCGGAGUCUCAGUUCUCUACCCCUUUCGUCGUCGCCCUGCCAAGAGCUUCAUGGCGGUGCUUCUGCCACAGGGUGACGUGGCGGUUUUGGGCGCGCCAAUGCCGGCGCGUCGCGCGCGCAAUGGGGUGAGUGGCACUACCGCCGACAGCAAUGGGGGUGGGCCCGGCGCGACGACACCGCGGCCUCCGUUUCGUCGUUUGCCGUUGUGCCUACGACACAUCUACGAGGGGCCUCAGGAUGCCGAUGGGACUGAAAAGAUGCACGCUGGCACGGUGGUGAGCUGCACGUCGCAGUUCGAACUGGGCAAGGCACUACCCAGCUAUAUGCUCCCUGCCCACGUGCUGGGCACCGUGUACAAGUGCGGGUGGGACAGCGUGCGCUUGUUCAGCGGCAGGACAGCUGACGCGACGCUGCACGCGAAUGCGAAACUGGCAAAGGCGCUGCGGCUUCCAGAUGUGAGCAACCUCCUGCAGGUCCUCCGACGACUCGCCAAGAACGUCGGCACGCCGUCCAUGGGGGUGUUGUACGUGAGUGUGGUGGUCUGGCCUACGUUGAUGGAGACGGUGCGCGUACUGCGAGAUAGGCGGCUUCCGUUUUGGGCCGGGUUGGCGGUGUGCUCGCUGCUGCUCCCGGGCGUGCUGCAGCAGAUUGACAUUGGGCGACAGGCGGAGCCCGGCGGCGGUGGACGAAGCAGUCGUGGUCGCGUCCCCGUCAGUAUCCUGCCCGCAGACAGCGACCAGCCGGCGGUGGGAGGUAAUCCGCCAUCGCAGUUGCGUCGCCGGCACUUGGCUGAGCUGAUCGAGGUGGUUAGCUUCACCGAGCGAGUUCUGGCUGUCGCGCAGGAGCACACGUUGCUGUGCGAGGUUCGGCUCGUGCGGUUUUCGCUCCAGCGCCUGCUGCCACUCUUGCAGAGGGGUGUGGCCGGCGGACACCACCGCACUAGCGCCGCAGCCGACCGGAUUGCCACCACGGCGCAUACCUGUCUUAGCCAUAGCGACCCUUCGAAAUGUAUGGCUGCCUGUGCGCCAGCUGGCCUCAUCCCGUUAGCGCCGCUCCUGGCGUCCUCGGCGGAGAUGUGCCGUCGCGUGCAUGCCCCGAUCAGCGUCUGCGCCGUGUGCGGCCUGUCGCUGCUCCGCAACACUGUCACCCACGCAGACGUCAGUGGAAGCGGCAGCGCUGCGGCGGCGGCAGCGCCGCUGACGGAGAUGCGACACCGCUCGCACGCCGCCGCCUCGGUGGGGAGGGAUGCAGACACGCUGCGGCGGAAAAAGGACGGAGAUGACGGUCGCCCUGUCGACGGCGCGGCAAGUUCUAAAAGUGGUCCGGAAGCGACGCGUGCAACGCUGAGGACGUUGCGGGAAGAAGGCUGCCUCGUUGUGCAGUGCGCUCGCUGCGGGCACGGCGGGCACGUGGAGCAUAUCAGCAGCUGGUGGAACGACCCCACCGUACGGUGUUGCCCGAAGGGCUGCGACUGCAGAUGUGUCUACUAG